CGCCCCCAAAUCCCCCUCACACACUGUGACCAGCAGCCAGACAGCCAGACGGCCAGGCAGCCUCCUCACUACACCCAGCGCCGCACAGCACCGCAGUCACAGCAGCAUCUCAUGCCUUCUGCUCCGGGAUAGACAGCCGUGCAUCUGUCCAUCCGUCCGUCCAUUACAGCAGCCAGGGAGGUGGAAGCCUGAGGCGUGCAGGUGAAGAUGCUGGAAAACGGGAGGAAGGUGUUCAAGGAGGGUCUGCUGGAGAAACGGAGCGACGGGUUGCUGCAGCUCUGGAAGAAGAAGCACUGCGUCCUGACCGAGGACGGCGUGCUGCUGCUGCCGCCCAAGCAGCACGACCAGCCGCAGCACCACCAGCCGCAGCACGGCGGCGGCGGAGGGGACGCGGGCAAAGUCAAGGAGCUGCACUUCGCCAACAUGAAGACGGUGGACUGCGUGGAGCGGAAGGGCAAGUACGUCUACUUCACGGUGGUCAUGACGGAGGGGAAGGAGAUCGACUUCAGGUGCCCGCAGGACGAGGGCUGGAACGCGGAGAUCACCUUGCAGAUGGUCCAGUACAAGAACCGGCAGGCGAUCCUGGCCGUCAAGUCCACCCGGCAGAAGCAGCAGCUGCUCGUCGUGCAGAUGCCCGGACAGAAGACGAUCCGCAGCUCGCCAAACGUUGCGUGACCUGCGGCGAGUCCCGCGGACAUUGGUGCACCAUCAGCGGUUAAUUGGACACUCAGCCGGAGGAUGAAUAUUGACGCGGGCUGCAUCCCCCCCUGCCGCUUCACCACAGAGCUCCAUUCUCCAGGAGAGCCCCUCUUCCAUGUCGUGGUGUCCACAGACCAGCGUCCCCUUUUCAAUACAGAGACUUAUUUCACAAAAGACUGAUGGACAAAAAGCAUGUGAGAAAACAACUGUACUCUACCGUGCAUUGGGUUUAUCCCUUAUUUAUUAGAUGUGUAUAUAUAUUUUCUAUAAAAAAAAAUGUUAUGUUGUUGAUGACUGUUCAGUGUGUUUGUUGCUAGAAUGGAACAAGAAAUACUCACUCGGAGGUUCCUAGCCCACAUGUUACACACAAAGUCCAUUGGGAAUAAGCUUAUAUAAUUAUCUUAGGACGGUUGCUGUAGGUUAGUCAGAUCACUUCAUUCCUGGUAGAAUGUGUCAUCAUCCAUGUUUUCAUUUCUCAACUGAACCAAAGAAUCAUGCCAUUACAUUUCUCUCUCUAGUGCAGUGUUCCAGCUCAGAGUAUACUAUACUAAAAUACUAUAGAUAUAUGAUGAGAUACCUGCAUGACUAAUUUGUUUGAGUGCUUGAUUUGUUUAUAGCCACAGUACAUCUUCAUAUUUAUAUUGUGUGCAUCAAUCAUUUUCCUGCAUUCAUAGCUAACAAAGCAAUCUCUUUCUUUCUUGUAAGUCUUAAGUCUGAGUAAGACGCAAGCUUAUUACUUUCUUUUCAGUGGUUACGAGCUAAGAGCGCUGUCAAGUAGUAAGUAACAUACACAGCUGAGUUUUUAUUAUAUUAAAUGCUCUGAAGACUGUUUAAUUGGUUGCAUUAAAUCUUAGUGGGUGUGGA